UUAUGAGUGAUGUAUGUAAGUAUGUACCUACAAAAUUUUGAAUGUGGUAAAUUUCGUACACGAGCAUAGUUAAUCAACAUGGGAAAACAAAUUGUAGUUAUAUUAUUUGCGAUCUUAUUCAAUGUUAAGAUGAAUACUGCAAGAUCUGCCGAUGAUGCGUUAACGAAAGAUACAGGUAUAGCGCAAUCUGUAGCUCCAGCACUUAUACUUGAUAGGGAACAAAACAUUUUAUAUUACAUUGGAUAUAUAUUUACGGGUACUUGGUACCAGGCGAUGCUGCAUUGCAAUUCACUCAAUAUGGAUUUAGUUAGUAUAGAAACAAAGCAAGAAAAUGAUUUUCUUUUUAAUCAGAUGAAAGCACUUCUUGGUGAUUUAUCCGAAUAUCAGUUUUGGUCAUCUGGAACUACAUUACCUUACGACAAAUGGGUAUGGAUGACAUCAGGUCGCCCAAUUUUUUAUACUAACUGGGAGGCAGGUGAACCUAAUAAUGGCCCCAACGAACACUGCCUUGAGAUUAAAUACAUCUACAAGAGGGGUCUUACAUGGAACGAUGUCAAACAAGAUGUUAAAUCUCACGCUCUGUGUGAGGCUAAAAUUACAAAAUCGGUUGCAGAAAUGUUUCCUCAGUUUUGUAAUUGUUCGAGUACUAACUCUGUGAGUGUUUUAGGAUAAGUUUAAAACACAUUGAAAAUGCUUUAGCCUAGAUUUUUUAUUUAUAUAAGUUUAUUGCUUGUUGUUUAGUUUUUACGUCAAUAUAAUCCACAAAAAUC